CGCGAGGGCUGUUAAAAGCAGCGGUGCAGGGGGGAAGCGGCAGUCGCGGGAGCAGCGCGGGAUGAAGCGGAGCAGCAUGAGAGGGGGAGAGAGGCGGCGGCUGGAGUGGGGCCGAGGGCAGCUGGGACCGCCCGGGAAGGCAUCCAGGGGAAAGUCUGUCCUCGUCGGCCAUCACACCUGAGAACAGCCUCCACACUGGCCCGGAGGUGAGGAUGGCAGCCGAGGGGCUGACACCUGGCAGCACUCUGCCCGUCUGGGAGCUCGAAGCCUGGUACCAGGACCUGCAGGAGGUGCUGGCAGCAUCGGAGCCCUGUGGAUCUUCCCUGCCCUGGGGGUCUGAGCAGACCGAGAUGGCCCCGCUGUGGAGCACAGAGGGGGCUGGCAGUGACCCAGAGGGCUGCGAGCUGGACACUGCCCUGGCUGCAGAGCUGCUGGAGCUGGAGCGCACAGCUGGGUCAGAGCCACUGGGACUGCUGGACUUGGCCUCCAGCAGCAGCAGCCCCCCAGCCCAGGCAGGCAGAGGGGAGGAGGAGGAGGAGGAGGUGAGGGUGGCUGCAGGGCGUGGGGUGAAGAGGAAGAGGGGCAGUGGGACAGGGUCCAGCAAGGAGCUGGCCAAGCAGCACCAGGAACGGGCCAACGAGCAGCGGGUGCUGGAGCUGACAGCCCACAACGAGCAGCUGAGGGCAGAGAUCUGCAGGCUCAGUGCUGAGGUGGAAAGCACACGGGCAGCUCUCAUCGACCGCAUGGUCAACCUCCAAACUCCAACCCCCAGCAGCCACGGACUGCAGGGGCUCUGCACAGACUGAUGCUGGGGGACACACACGACUGCUUCCAGCUACCACUGUAUAUAUUUUGCAUUUUAUUACACACUUGUAACAG